CUUUAUACAGUCUCUGUGUGUCUGUUAUCUGUUAUCACAAGGUACCGCCGUCUGACUGUCCCCUCCACAGCCUGGAAUCAUGCACAGCAAGGGAAAUGCAUGCUGCUGCUCAUUUGACGAGUGCAAGUUGACCACAGAGUGGCUUAUGAGCAGAACUAGGCACAAGCCGAAGAUAGCUGUGGUGUGUGGCUCGGGGCUCGGCCUCCUCGCAGACAACAUCUCCAACAAGCAGGUCUUUCGCUAUGAGGACAUCCCCAAUUUCCCUGUGAGCACAGUUCCUGGGCAUGAGGGGCACCUUGUGUUUGGCCAUGUGAGGGACAAGUCCUGUGUCUUCAUGCAGGGGAGAUUUCAUCUAUACGAAGGUUACUCGCUGUGCAGGGUCACGUUCCCUGUGCGGAUCUUCAAGCUGAUGGGAGUGGAGACGAUUAUAGUAACGAAUGCCUCAGGAGGCCUCUGUCAGGACUUCAAAGUGGGAGACAUUAUGAUCAUCAAGGACCACAUUAACUUGCCUGGUUUUGCUGGACAGCAUCCACUGUGUGGGCCCAAUGAUGAACGCUUUGGAAUCCGGUUCCCCUGCAUGUCAGAUGCUUACAGUAAAGACCUGAGGAAGCUCACCCUGGACAUCAGCUCUGAGCUUGGCUACUCCAACUUUGUGCGAGAGGGUGUUUACUGCAUGGUCAGUGGACCCAACUUCGAGACCAUUGCUGAAGCACGAAUGCUACAUAUUCUGGGCAGCGAUUCUGUAGGGAUGAGCACGGUCCCCGAGGUGACGGUGGCCAAGCACUGCGGCCUGCGUGUCCUCGGCCUCUCGCUCAUCACCAACAAAGUGUCUCUGGACUACAGCCGCGAGGAGAAGGUCAAUCACGAGGAGGUGCUGCACAUCAGCAAGAUGAGGGCCGAGAUGUUACAGAAGGUGCUCUACACCUUCAUCACUCGCUCCCACCAAGAGGAGGCCAUCAACAGCAGCUAGACCUGCUCUAUCCGCUGUGUGUGGACUGAUGAGAUUAUGAAGAUACUAAAAAAGAGACUUUCAUCGUCCAGUUAAAUUUGAUCCUUUAAAUAAACCAUACAGCAUAUUUUCAGGUGUGAACUCAUAGACAACACGUGCAAAUUAUUGUACAUAUUAAUCUACAAAUUAUAUGUUGGGACAUCACAGAGGAAAAUAUAAUACAGCCAUGCUACAUGCUUGUUUGGCAACUUUAUCUAAUUUUAUCUUAACAGUAGUCCUUGCCCAUCGGUGAAGAUCUUAUGUACCCUCCACCCCAACACCAAAAGGCUGAAUAAUGUUUCAUCAGUGUAAUUGGUAGAUUAUUAUAAACAGGUUAAAAAGAAUUGCCUGGCUUUUGUUCAGGAUGGGGUCUGAUAUUGUAAAUAAAACUUUGGAAUGAUUCUCAUA